AUGAACGUUCUCCUCAUCCUUGUCCUGCUGGGCCUGAGCCGGACGGCAACGGGAACACCGGACACCUGCGAGAGCUGUGGGCUUCGGCCCAUGGCGGAUGGCCGGGAGAUAUCCCGUGUGGCGCGGAGCAGAGACGCCCAACCUGGGGCUUGGCCAUGGAUGGUCAGCGUCCAGCAGGUGUGGAGCACGGGCAUCGUGCACGUGUGCGGAGGGUCCCUCGUGGGGCCCCGGUGGGUCCUCACGGCAGCGCAUUGCUUCGUCGAUGCCAGGAACGUCCCCACGUGGCGCGUCCUGGCCGGCGCCACCCACUUGGCUCACGACCGCCCUGAGGUCCAAGUGCGCUUCGUGAAGCAGUUGGUGCUUCACGAAGACUACGACAACGUCUCCCAGAAGAACGACGUCGCUCUGGUGGAAUUGGACCACCCCGUCCGCUGCGGUCCCCACGUGCAGCGCGCCUGCCUGCCCGACCCCUCGCUGCCGCUCUCGGCCACCGCCAACUGCUACGUCAGCGGAUGGGGGACCACCAGCGCCAAAGCUGCUGCGUCUCCGCUGGUGCUCCAGGAGUUCCAGGUCCACCUCAUCGACAGCCACACCUGCAACGGCAGCGGGUGGCACCGAGGGGGUGUCCACCCCCAUAACGUCUGCGCCGGGUACCCCCGCGGCGGCGGCGGCGACACCUGCAGGGGCGACAGUGGUGGUCCUCUGGUGUGCCAAGAUGGCCGCUCCGACCGCUUCUGGUUGGUGGGAGUGAGCAGCUGGGGGAGAGGCUGCGCCAGAGCCCACCGGCCGGGGGUCUACACCUCCACCCAGAGCUUCCACCACUGGAUCCUGGCAAAGAUGGGGCUGGACUCACCGGGAACCACCACACGGAGCACGGCUUGA